AUGUCUCGACCAUUCCCUUACACCUACGUGUCGUGCCCCUGCGCCAACACCCCUGUUCCCGACCCGGCCAAGAAGCGCAGAUCCAGGGACUCGCCGCAGAAACCAACCCCCGAACGUACGGAUCCUGACGACAAGGACAACAAGAAACAACCAGAAAAUACACCAGAAGAGGAGGUAGACGAAGAAGAGGAGGAACAAACUUUUGAUCCCAGAUCACCUCGGUCCAAUUUCUCGCUCUAUCCGCCCGAGCAGCUCCUUUACUGCGAAGAUUGCCAUCAGAUCAAAUGCCCGCGAUGCAUAACGGAGGAAAUUGUGAGCUGGUACUGCCCGAAUUGCCUAUUUGAAACUCCCAGUAGUAUGGUGAAAGGAGAUGCCAAUCGUUGCGGUCGAAACUGCUUCAAUUGUCCCGUCUGCACGUCUCCUCUAUCCGUGAGUACAAUUGAAAACGUCGCUGGAAAAGGCAAUGGACAAGGGCCCUGGGUACUGUCAUGCGCUUACUGUUUGUGGACGACACUGGACAUCGGUAUCAAGUUCGACAAACCGACAAAUAUCCGCAACCAGCUGCAAAAGAUGACUGAUUCUACAUCUGCGCCUACAUUCGAUACCCGCUCACGACAGGGCUCCCGCGCUUUCAGUGAUCUCAAGUCACCGCUAUCCAACCUUGCAUCUUUUGAUGAGCCAGUCAGCACGCCUACUGGGUCCGGAGAGCAGGUAAAGGAAAACGAGACAGAUUCGCCUCCUCUAGGUGUAGAGGCACGAUUUGCAGCUCUAAAGAACUUCUAUCGCAAUCAGAUCUCCGAAACCUCGACGUCCCCUAAUGAUCCUUUGGGUUCGGACCUUGGGUUCUCAUCGCCUGGUGCCCUGAACCGAUUGAUGUCCCUGUAUGCUUCGUCUUCUCGCCUCGGGGGGCUCUACGGUGGAAAUAAGAAACAAAAAUCCAAGCCGCCCGUUAUGCGCGAGGCAAUCAACGCUAGCGAGGGUCUGCGCAUUGCUCCGGAAAAUGCAGACGCCGCCAUAAUCGAACGUCUUUCUUCCCCUGACUGCGGCUGGGACGGUGUGGCAUCGCUGAGCCAGCGCGCAGAGCAAUCUCCCGAUGUUCGAUUUGUCGAUGAUCUUUUGCCCCUGCCAGUUCUACUCCGCACGAAGCGUGCCAAACGAUGCAAGUCCUGCAAGCAUAUCCUCGUGAAGCCCGAGACCAAGCCACAGUCGACACGCUUCCGUAUCCGCCUUAUUGCUCUCAGCUACAUUCCCCUCCCAUCUCUCAGGCCUCUCGCGCUCCCAACUUCUUCUCUUAUCCCUGCUCCAGCUCCGGAUCUGAAUGCAUUGCCUCCACUGCGGCCUGUCCAUGUUCUUCUCACACUGAAGAACCACAUGUUCGACCCGGUCCGCAUUACCCUCGCCACGCCAUCUGUCACCCCGGGUCGUGUCGCAAGCAAAGUCACCAUACUUUCUCCUCAGUUUGACAUUGGCCCCAACAGCGAUGUAUGGGACGAGGCAUUGCAGGGUGCGUCGGCCCCUGUCACAACUGAUCCGCGUGCAGGUGGUCUCCGUGCUGCCGAAAAAGUUCCCGAAGCAGGCAAGGUCUGGGAUAAGGGUCGCAAUUGGACAACUGUUGUGCUGGAGGUAAUUCCGGGAACUUUGCCUGGCUCCGAGGCGGAUGCUGGGAAGGAAGGAAUAGACGAGGAUGAAAUUGCGGUUGCUGCGCAGCAAGAUGAGGAUGUUCUCGAGAUUCCAGUUUUCGUGCAUAUGGAAUGGGAUGCGGAGGCGCAGCUUGAACAGCAGAAUGUCGGAAAGGCAUCUAAGCCGGAUGACCUGGUGGCUCGGGAGUUGGCCUACUGGAUGGUGCUUGGUGUUGGCAGGAUCACGGCGGCUCUGUAG